UGAUAAAAAAUUGAAAAGAAAUUAGGUUUUAAUCAAUGAAGUAACAAAAAGAGGAAUGUGAACCUAAUUUCUCCUUAAAAGAUAUCUCACAAGUGGAAUGAGGAUAAGGUUUGAGGCAUUGAAACUGUAUGUGGGAAGAUAGACUAAAUAAAUUUAAAUUCAUUAUAUCUAGAGCAAAUUAAAGUCUUCUUCUAUCUUACCAAAAAAAUAAAAUAAAUAAAUAAAUAAAACGGGAGAAGGAGAAGUUUUCUCUUCUAUAUAUGAUACUACGAAGUGGUUCUUUUUUUCUCCACCCACUGGGAGUGUCAUGGAUUUUCUUUCCACUACCAUAGCAAUAAGCACAGCACUAGUAAUUUUUGCUAUAGUUAGGACUAGACUAUGUACUGAAAAGAAAAAGAGGUAUCAUCCUGUGGUCACAACUUGCGUACACACCCUCAUCAACUUCAACCGGCUGCAUGAUUAUAUCGCUGAGUUCGGACACAAAAACAAAACUUUCAGAGCGCUUAACUUAAUUGUAAAUUAUGUUUUCACUGUAGAUCCUGCAAAUGUUGAAUACAUUCUCAAAACAAACUUUGCAAACUAUGGCAGGGGGUUGUACAGCUACAACAUAUUGGCAGAUGUUGUGGGUGACGGGAUCUUCGGUGUUGAUGGUGAAAAAUGGCUACAUCAAAGGAAGUUAUCUAGCUAUGAACUAUCAACAAAAGUCGUGAAAGACUACAGCAAUGAAGUUUUCAAAACCGAUGGAGUAAAACUUGCUGGGAUAGUUUCUGAAGCGGCAAGAUGCGGCCAAGCAAUAGAGAUCCAAGAUUUGUUUAUGAAAGCGGGGUUAGAUUCAAUCGUCAAGAUUCUGCUUGGAAUCGAACUAGACACCUUGUACGGGACAAAUGAAGAAGGCACCCGAUUUUCGCAUGCUUUCGAUGAAGCAAACGAACUUACCCUAUAUCGUUAUGUUGAUUUCUCCUGGAAGAUCAAACGGUUCUUAAACAUUGGAUCAGAAGCAGUGCUAAAGAAUAAUAUCAAAGUGAUAGAUCAAUUUCUUUACAAAUUAAUCAACAGAAAGAUUGAGAUUGCCCAUAAUUCAUCAGAAGACGAGCUACCAGCUGCAUCAAGGAGAGGAGACAUUAUUUCAAGACUUUUGGCAGUGAGAGAGACCGAUCCAAAGUACUUGAGAGACUUGAUUUUCAGUCUCUUUGUUGCCGGCAAAGACUCAACGGCUAGCAAUCUUUCAUGGUUUGUUUAUUUGCUUUGCAAGCACCCUCAUAUACAGGAAAAGGUUGCAAGGGAAGUUAGGGAAGCAACAAAUCUGAAAGACGAUUCAAGCAUUGAUGGGCUUGCAGACAGUCUUAGUGAAGAAGCCCUUAACAAAAUGCAAUACCUCUUUGCAGCUUUGACUGAGACACUCAGGCUCUACCCUUCAGUUCCACUGAAUGCGAAGAUUUGUUCAUCUGAUGAUACAUGGCAAGAUGGAUUUAGUGUCAAGAAAGGGGAUAUGGUGGGGUACCAUGCUUAUAGCAUGGGUAGGAUGAAAUAUCUAUGGGGUGAUGAUGCAGAAGAAUUUCGGCCAGAGAGAUGGCUCAACGAAGAUGGCAUUUUCCAGCAUGAAAGCCCUUUCAAAUUCACAGCCUUCAGCGCGGGUCCAAGGAUUUGUGUAGGGAAGGACAUUGCUCAUAGAGAGACGAUGAUCUUUUCUGCUGUGCUUUUAGGGAGCUUCAUAUUUAACUUAAGUGAUGAGAACAAAGUAGCCCAUUACACGACCAAAUUUACCCUCCACAUUGAUGGGGGCCUUUAUGUUCAUGCUUCUCCUAGAUUUGCGCAUCCAUGACCAACCUUAGAGAAGCGCUACUAUAUACGCUAUAUCAUUGAAUGUGUAACCUAUUCAUGUAUCUCAGUUGUUGCUUAACUGCUGCGGUCUCUAGGGUUCGCUACCUCUGUUGGAUGUCAGCCCCAAUAUUCUUCCACAAAGUACUAGAUUAUAGAACAAGCGGUUUUACUA